UUCUUCCGAAGAAUGGAUACUGCCUGGCCGAUUUGAUACUGUCUUUUGCCACCCUAGGGUCUGCUUGAAGAUUGUGGUAUUGGACAGUCUGUGGCACUGGACACAGCAGGACAGAAACGUCAGCAUGGAGAAUGUAGGAUUCUUCCAGCAAAGCCCCCCUCACACACGCGCGCAUAUAACAAUGCAGCGUUACAGACAGCCCCAUCCACAACCUCCUAUGACCAUCUUACUCGAUCAGAUUCGUCCACUGUGCCAUCGCGAUCAGGAGUUUCUUGAGUUUGUGAGAGAAAUGAACUACCAGAUGAGCUUCAGAAACCACCUCGGUGGUCACGUCAGAGCUAACACCUUUAGCUGUGCGGCCAUGUGCCGGGUACAGGGGGUGUGUAACGUUACAAAAAAUAGGGGGCAGCGGGCCGUUAAUAUCGUAACUUGGGGAGGAAGUGUGCCACUGCCCCGGCAUCUGAAAGAAAAGUACAUCGACCACGCUUCGAGGUACAUCUGGCACCCGCUGGUUGGGUUACAGGUGCUUCUGGGCGGUGAGAAUUCGCCGUCAGGCCAGCUGCCUCGAGUGGUCCCCACCGACACACCACCGAUGUUACUUUGUUCGACCUACACGUUCAAUCAGCAUUACGGCGGUGGCAGAGUGGAGGAGGUGUACCCGUGUAGUUACUGCAGAGCGAUGUUUCCAUCUUGGCGUUCUCCAGAAGGAUAUGUUCACUACACGAAACUCGGAUCUAACGAAGGGGAGCAGAGCAACCGUUUUUCGAGGGGCAACUGCGCCGAAUGUGCGGCGUUUAGCGACAUGUUUCACCUCAUCGGACAAAGCUGGAGAAUUGUAGGUGAGGAUCCGGGCGUAACCUUACGAAGAUUAGGAGUGAGGCCACUGUUUAGUGUCGUCCAAUGGCCUAGUGGCUAGCCACGGUGAGCGGACACAAGAUCUUUUGAUAUGUACCGG